AUGAGCAAGCAUACCAACUUUGGACACCACAAGAUGGAUGGUCAUGAUGCAGAAGGGCUGAAGAACUUCUGGGAGAAAGUCAUCCAAGAGCAAACCAGACAACGAGAAGGUGAAGAGCUUAGGUUAAGGAAAAGUGCACUGAACAAGCUUCGCCAUGAGUGGACUGAGAGGCUGGAAGGCCGAGUAAAGCAGGUCCAGGCGCACAUGAAAAAGCAGAAAGAGCAGAUGACGUUGCUGUCUAUUGAGGCUCUUCCCUCACCAGAUAAAACUGUUGCUUAAGGUUACUGUGAAAAUACAAAAAGCCCUGGGCUUGACUCUGACCUUCUGCAUGCCCCUAUUAACCAGUUACAUUGCUGAACAAGCAAGAGCUCAGACUCUGGCACUUUUCCAGACCAGUUAUUAGAGCUACUAGUAAAGUC